GCUAAUUUAAACUCGCAUACGAAAGAUGUACACUUAUGCAUAUCCUUACGAUUAAUAAGAUCUUCUCGUUUACAAAUUUCAAUACAAGUGAGCGUUAAGAUAGGUAUUAUGAUUACAAGUUACUGAACCAAAGAAGGAUCUUCUUUAAAAUAGACACGCGCUAAGACAUAUUUUGUAGCGUUCAGUAAUAAUAUCAAAAUGGCGUCGGAGUUCACUGUUGUGGAUUACGUUGUUUUCGCAGCAACAAUUCUGAUAUCAUUGUCGAUAGGAAUUUUAUUUGCUGUCUUAGACAGGCGAAGGAAGACAAACACACCUGAGGAUUACUUCCUCGCCGGACGGAAGUCGCCCACUGUUCCUGUGAUGCUGUCGUUCAUUGUCACCUUCCAAUCCUCGGUCAUGUACCUUGGCUUUCCCGCGGAAGGAUACGUUAAUGGAAUGAUGUACGGUUUCUACGGACUAGCAAAACUCAUAACACUGUUAUUCACGGCUUACUUUAUUGUGCCAGUGUUUCAUCCCUUGAAACUGACAACAGUUUACCAAUAUCUUAACCUUCGAUAUGGCAACAACGCUCUGCGAAUCCUUGCUAUGGUGUUCGGUUCGGUAUUCCAAGUGUUCUAUUUUGGGACGGUAACGUACGGGACUUGUAUUGCGUUGGAGGUAGUCAUGGGAGUACCUUACUGGGCCACCAUAGUUAUAUAUACCGGUGUGACGACGUUAUACACAUCAAUUGGUGGCAUCAAAGCUGUCAUUUGGACAGACGUUUUCCAGUUUGUAGUCAUGUGCGCUGGGUUUGUUGCUGUGAUGGCGAAGACGUCGUAUGAAGUUGGAGGAAUGUCAAACAUAGUUGAACACGCCGGAGACCGUUUCACUCACACGGACUUUCGAUUUGAUCCGAGAAUAAGAUUUUCGUUCUGGAACGUAACUUUUGGGUCUUUGACCUUGUCCCUGUAUUACAGUUACACACAGUCUGCGAUGCAAAGGGUUUUUGCCACACCGACUACGAAGACCGCGAGGAGAAUGUAUCUUUUGAGUGUCCCUCUAUAUUCUUUUUUGCAGGUACUUCCCGUAAUUGAGGGCGUGUUUAUAUUUGCGUACUACGCUUACAAACGUUGUGAUAUCUAUGGAAAUGGAACUGUCAAGAAUGUAAACGAAAUCCUACCAUAUGCGAUCACUGACAUAUUUCAAAAUAUGCCUGGACUACCUGGACUUUUUAUUUCGGCAUUAUCUAGUGCAGCGUUCAGUACCCUCUCCUCAUGUCUAAGCAGUUUAUCUGCUAUCGUGUACGAAGACAUAAUAAAGGUAUACAACCCGCAGAUAGACCCUAGUACAUCGACUACUAUUUCACGCUUUGUUACUGUAGGAUUCGGAGCGGUCGGCAUGGGUGUUUCGUUUCUAAUUACCUCGCUUCCUGGAAGUGUCAUCUCUUUAUUCCAAAGCACGAUGGCAUGCAUGGAUGGACCAACUUGCGCCAUAUUUUUGCUGUCUGCAAUGUUCCACAGGGCUACAACAAAGGGUGUUCUGACCGGAGCGUUGUGUGGAGCAGCAGUAGCUCUGUGGCUGAAUAUUGGGAAGCUUCUUAGCGGCCUACCAUCCGACCCUAAAUUACCUAAUGGACCUAUGGACAACUGCUCCAUUGCUUUCACCACGCCGUUCUUUGGCAACAUGUCACUGUCGCUAAACGAUUCGUUUACAACACUUUCGCCAUCUACAAAUAAUUCUGAAGUCGAGCUGUCAGCUUUGGACGAAAUAUAUCGUACCUCAUUUAUCCUAUUUUCACUGAUUGGCUUUCUAGUAGCGUUAGUUGUUGGGGUCAUUGUAAGUCUGUUCACUUCACCUCCGCAAGACUUCGACAAGCGUUGUUUGUUUUCCUUUCGGAAACACAUCGUUGAAGAACUAUUUGGUGGCAAUACUGAAAAGGUAGAACUGGUUACGAUGCAAGACUUGAAAACAGAAUAAUAAUGAUAACUGUGUGUAGCAUUACAUUAGCCGUACAUUAUCUGCUUUUUAAAGUGUAUAUUACGAACACACGUCAUGUUGACGUCCUGUAUCACGUCAAGUUCGGUGUGUUGAUAUGAACGUUUUCAACUGGAUAAGACGUGAUAUUGUUAGUCAGAAAAGCCACCUGUAAAAUUAAGCAUUUAACACGCUCAUUCGCCUUCUUGCUUUUAUUAUUGAGUUUAAUACGUGUUCAGCGCAGUAAAAGUGCUUAAAGGCCUAGGUUAAGCCUUCCCCCCCCCCCGCCCAAAAAAUAUGUAUAGUACACAACCUCUGUUUAUUGAUCUUAAUCUACUUGUCUUGAUCCCUCUUAUCAGAUAUCCGAUCAGAGUAUCUUGCUGUGCAGUUUUAGAAGUUUUAUUAUGGAAAUGGACCCUUAAUGGCCCUGAGCCAAUAACGGAUACACAGGAAAUUAGCCUCUACUGUGACACCAGUGCAAUUAACGGGAGAAACACCGCAGAGAAUUAUCAUGUCAAACAUUCCUUAAACUAGCCCUUGAAGAGUUUAAAGAAAUCCAACAAGUUGUUUAAUAGUAUGAAGUACUGCCGAAAACUGGCAAUUAUGUCAGAGAAAACGAAUCAACCGAGGCUCGAAAUUUUAAACAUAUGAGGUUGACGUGUUAGGUUAUUGUACUGUUUGGCGCACUUCUUUUCUAUUACCUGUCCCUUGUUUUAAGAAUGGACUGCAACAUAGUUCAACAUGGACAGUCAUUGUUCAGACAAUAACAGUGAAAACAGCGUUACACCACACCACACGAUACAUCAGAAGUUGAGUAUGAGCAGAUCAAUGGAUUGCAGGGGCGAAGUGUUGUCUUAAAAUGCGUUGUUUUCCCCAAUUAUUUCUUACCGUUUAUGCUAUGAUUUGAAGUUGAUAUUACACAAGUACCUCCGUCUAUAUUGCGUUAUUUCCAGUUCUAAGAUAAUCACAUAUUCGCAGACUUUUUCAAUGACCAAAUACUUCAGUUCAGCAUACAGUUUGGAAAUGGCUGUUUCUCUGUUAAAAGCGCACAAUAUAGGAUAUAGGAUGCUGCUGUUUUUUUUGUUUUGUUAGAUGCAUUUCAUGUUGAACUUAUGUUACUUAAUUGAUUAAAACCAAAAAAAUACAUGAUUUAGGUACAGAAUAAAAAAUAUUUACCUUUAUAUCGCUCAUUUUUUUUUAUCUGUACCUAAAUAUUAUAUGCCUUUUUGUUUAGAGCAGCA